GAAUGACGGAACACCUUUCAGAACACAUUUUUCUGCAACCACGUCUUCACGGAAGGUAAGAUUUCUUCAUGUAAGACGUUUAAAUUUUUUUCAAUGCUGCACAUUUACUAAGUGAUUCCGAAUUGUUCAGCAUCUGUUGCAAGGUCACUUAGCACUCAAAACCGAAUUAAGACAAAAUAUCGUAUACAAAUGACUGAUAAACAUUUGAGCAACCUAAUGAGAAAAGUAGAUAAAGAACGUUUCCCAUAUGAUGAUGCAGCAAAAAUAUUCAAUGCUUUAAAAAUUAGAAGAUGUUAAAAAUGUAUUAUAAUUAAAGAAAUAUUUCUUUUCCAAGUCUAUUCGUGUUUUUUUAAUUUUUAGAAAUCUCACUUAACUUUUUGAGAUCUCACCCUGUUUUUGAGAAAGGGUGAGAAAUUCUCUCUCAUUUUUUUUCUGUAAAGAAAACAUUGGUAGGUUUGAUAUCUAAAUAUGAUCAAGAAGAUAUUUUUGAGUUAUGGGAGAGAAUAAAGCAAAAAAAAAAAAAAAAAAAUAAAAAAAAAAGUAAGAAAAAAAGGAGAAAAAAAAGAGGCAGUCAAAAAGACUGAUUGAAGAUGAAAGUGAAGUUGGUGUAUAAAAAUAAAUUGAAAAAUCUUAUCAAGUAUUAAAAGAAAAAAUGAACUUAUACUGUCAGAGUAUCUUAAAUCUUUGUAAAUAAAUUUAUAUAAAGUCGUAUAAAAAUUAUUAGUUACAUUUUUUUACUGAUAUUUCAAAAUUUCAUUAGAUACUUCGCUAUCUUGUAUGCAGUCAUUAAUUUUUCCCGCUAUUGCAAAUGCACGGGCGACUGCGUAACAGUCAACUUUGACAUAUUUGAGGUAAACCUUUUGAAACAUAAAGAUUGGUUCUUCAUACGUGAAAGUAUGAACAUUUUAAAAUAAGGAUUGUCUAUUUUCAGUUUUAUAAUGAUUAUAUUCUUUUUAUUUUUAUUUUAUUUACUUAUAUUUUAUUGAAAUACUUUUAUUUCUAGGAGAGAAAAACUUUGCGAUAAAUAAUCAGGAAACGAGUGACUGAUGAAGACAACAGAAAUCAUUUAACAUAAAAAAUUAAAAUGGGAAAUAAUAAUGCACACAGAAAUGAAAAAAAAGAAGAAAAAAUGUUCAAUAUUUCGAAAGAAAAAAAGUUCAAAAUUUGUGUGAUAGGAGAACCAUUGGUGGGAAAAACAGGUAUAUUGGAAGUAUGUCGAACUGGAAGUUUAGCAGCAUGCAAUAGGAGAACCGGGCUCGAUAUCGAAGGAUAUAGAAUUAUAGUUAACAUCUUCAACGAAACAUUUGUUAUUUAUAAUGUUCCUGGUCAAUGGACGCUUCGAUAUCUUGUGCCCGGGAACGUUAAACAGUCACACGGUGUUCUUUUACUGUAUAAUGUUGCAAAUGUGUUAACGUUUCUAGAACUCUCCAAAUGGAUUAAGGAUGUGAGAGAGUGGAAUCCACAAAUCAUUAUAUUUAUAAUUGGAGUUCAAUGCGAUCUCUUAAUUGAAAAAGAAGUAUCAUGCGAAACUGGUAAAAAAUUUGCAAGAAGUCAAAAUCUGGAGUUUUUCGAAUGCAACAUCAGGACUGGUGAAAAUGUAAACGAAGUUUUUGAACACAUGGCUUUGAGAAUACUUCAAAAAGAAGGAUUAAUACCACCUGAUAAAAUUGAAAUCGAAGGAAAGUCUCUCGAAUGGAAAGGAACCAAUGAGGUGCCUGUCACUUCUGUUACUGAAAAAGAAUUACUAAAUGGCUGUUUUACUGAAACAGAAAUUAUUAAUUAUAAGCCAAAAGAUAUCAGUUAUCUAGAAGAUAGCAAUUUACAAAAUGGAUCUAAAGGUGAAAGCGUUUUAAUGAAAAAAGACAGUACUCAAUCUUGUCCAUCAACCAGUAAAAUAAAAACUUCAGAGUUUAAUGAAAAUUGCGAUCCUCCUGAUAAUAAAAAUGGUGUUGUACAACCAAAAGCAGUGAAGUCAGUGAUUUCAGAAGAAGAGAUGCAACAAGAAGGAAAGUGUCUAGAAAUGAUUAAUUAUAAGCCAAAAGAUACAAGUUAUCUAGAAGAUAGCAAUUUACAAAAUGGAUCGAAAGGUGAAAGCGUUUUAAUGAAAAAAGACAGUACUCAAUCUUGUCCAUCAACCAGUGAAAUAAAAACUUCAGAGUUAAAUGAAAAUUGCGAUCCUCCUGAUAAUAAAAAUUCAGUUGUACUACCAAAAGCAGAGAAGUCAGUGAUUUCAGAAGAAGAGAUGCAACAAGUAGGAAAGUGUCUAGAAAUGAUUAAUUAUAGGCCAAAAGAUACAAGUUAUCUAGAAGAUAGCAAUUUACAAAAUGGGUCGAAAGGCGAAAGCGUUUUAAUGAAAAAAGACAGUACUCAAUCUUGUCCAUCAACCAGUGAAAUAAAAACUUCAGAGUUUAAUGAAAAUUGCGAUCCUCCUGAUAAUAAAAAUGGUGUUGUACAACCAAAAGCAGUGAAGUCAGUGAUUUCAGAAGAAGAGAUGCAACAAGAAGGAAAGUGUCCAGCGUGGUUUGCUUGAACAGUAACUGUUUAAUAUUUCAGCUUCUUCGACUUUAUGAAGUUUUUUAUUAUUCUGGCUCAGUAGGAUCUCGAUAAUAUGUCUUCCUAUCAAGCAGCAAAAUGAACAUUUCAAAGCUAACCAUAAGUUGAAAUGCUUUGAAUGAUAAAAAUGACGUAGUACUACCGAAUUCAAAAUAAUCAAAGCUUUUCUAAGAGAAAAAAAUAUUAAGCU